AUGCGUGGAUUCAGCUUUUUGGGCUUCGUCGGGGGGGCCUGUGGCGUGACCUUGAAGUUCGGUCAGGACGUGGAUUGGCCGCCCUAUGCGUACAAGAAUGCCACGACAGGGCAGCUCAUGGGCUUCGGCAAGGACAUCGCGGAUGGCAUGACAGCCUUGUGUGAGAACCUGACUAUCGAGACGGUUGAGACAAACUGGCUCGACUGCUGGACCUCCGAUGGCAAGCUUGGACCCAAGCUUGCGGAUGGCACGCUGGAUGCCUGCAUGACGUACAGUCAUGGCCGCGGAGCACGCGACACCUUGGCUGAUUUUUCUUUGGCUAUUCUUGACGACAACAAAGCAGCUGGCUUGCUGACUCUGCUGGAUGGCGGCGUGCCAAGG